AUGUCUUGCCAUUGUCUUAAGCCUAACAAGUUUCUCAAAAACUUAGGCAAUGAGACUUUGUCUGUCAAUGUUGGUAUUGGUAACUCGGUAUAUAUCCCUGUUUCAUCUCUCAGAACUGUUCAAAAGCCUCGAACCAAGAUAUACAUCAAAAGCCAACCAUCCCGAGUAGAAAUUGGUCGUCUCAAGUUAGAGCUCCUCACAGAGUUUAAUGGAAGCCUCAAAACUCUGGUCAGCUUAUACUCACUUGCCGAAAGAUGGGAAAUCCAGAACUUGAUGAAUCGAACUAUCGAUGCUAUUCAAGAUGGUUAUCCUGAGUUUGGUGCUGUCUUCGGCCCCGGUCUUGCGGCCCAAAUUUGGCAAGAGACAAAGUUGGAUUCUACCCUGCGAGAAUUUUGUGUUGCAAGCACAGUUAUGCAUAUGGAUCGUGGUUGCACUAAGCUUCGCCAAGAAGUGAUGACAAACUGUAUCGUUCUUCCUGGAUACUUCCAAGGCAUGCUUAGAUGGGUCUCCAGAUAUUUCCAUCUGAUGGGUCGACGUUCAAAGGAAGUUGCGGAACCAUGGAACUCGAAUGAAAGUUUUAGCAUGCUUCAUAGAUCUAAACUCUGCCCCUGUCACUUUCACGUACACCCUGCUGGUCAGGCACACAAAGGACACAAAUUAUGUGCAGUUCCGUUCAUAGAUUGCUCUCAUCCAGGAGAUGAUAAGAUGGAAGGACUUGACAUCUUGAAUCUGGUUAUGGGAUCUGCGAUGAUGGGAUGCAACCUGUGCGAUUCAGAGUAGGAGCAUCG